UGUAGGUGUGUGCCACCAUGCCUAGCUCCAACAAAAAUAUAUUUUAGAAACUUACCUUCUCUUAUGUGCUCCAUUGUGAGCAUCUGGUUUUGCCUCCCUUGAACUGGUAGCUCACCUGGCUAGGUAUGAAACCAUCCAUUUCCUGAAAAUGUCUAUCAGUUCUAAGGGACAGGAUUCUCUGACAUGAACAAUACUUGGUCCCUGUUGUUUACUGACCAUGGAUAGAGACUUUCCAUACCCCUUCUUAGAACUCUGAAAAUAUAAUUUGAGAGUUAGACUUAAGAGUUUCUGUGUCCUAGCUUCUUUGCUUGCCUGAAAUAAAUUCCUGGCUAUUUGGCACCAGGUGUCUGGUCAUUUUAACAACUUUAAGUCCCUUCUUUCUCACGUCUUUGUAAUUUUGUAUAAUAUACUAGUUCAUUAUGAAAACUGAGAUUUAAAUCAUCUGUGCGAAUUUCCCUUGCUGUUUGCUGCCUGAUUGAAACUACAAAUUCCUUUCCACCGAACACUUGCUGUGCACUGGAAUCUGGGCACGAUGCACUAAGGAGAUGCCAAGGAAGUGUCACCCAGUAAAUAAAUAAGCAGGAGGAGAACUGGCCCCUUGGGAAUUUAUAUUCUGGGUUACAUAGGACAUGGUUACAUGUAGAUGAAUGCAUAUAAAGAAAAAAAUGUGAGAAACAAAUAUAGGCUAUGUAGAAGUAUAUAUAAUAUCAUAUAGCAUUUUAGAACUGAAAAGAGAUUUACAUAUUGUCAUUUUCUAGGUGAGGAAAACGAGACCCAGAAAAUUUAAAUGACUUGUCUAAGGUAGUAGUUACUAUCAACAGUGUAUUGGAUGUCUAUUCUCUGAAAAGUGAGGCCUCCGGUAUAUUGUAGAAACAGUCAAAGUCAUUAAGAACUCACUAAUUAUCUGUGAACACUGAACAUUUGCAUAAAUAGAUGAAUAGUAAUACAAAGUCCUAGGUACUAAGUACCAAGUGAGGAGUACAGUUACAUAGCUUUAUAGAAGUUUAAAGGGAAUAGAUAGGGAAAAAUUUUACCUUUAUGGUAAUCUAGACCUUAGAGGAGAGAGAAAUAUAGUGGGGAAACAUUCAAGGUGGAGGACCAGUGAGCCGAGCUCACCUUGUUUUGGGGGCAGGAAAAGCAGUUUGUAGCACAGUGUUUUACCUAGGAGGGCAAUAAGAUCAGUAAAGUUAGAGUUAGAUAAAUUGGAGCGAGACUUAAACCUCAGCCAAAGGAAUUUGAUUUUUAUACUUAUAGUGAAAAAUAUCUGAGUAGGGAAUUGUAUUGUAUGAAUUAGUAUUUUAGGACAACUGAUUUAGCCUUGUGGUAUAAAAUAGAGGAUACCAGUUAGAGGACUGUUAUAAUAGUCCAGGAAAAAGACUGUCUACAAGGGUAAUGGUAAUCCAGAAAGAGGGAGAGAUUUGAGUAAUUUGAAGAGAGAUAAAUAGAAUUUGGUAAUUGAUUAUUGUGAAAAAGGUUAUAUAAGAAUGAUCACACAUUUUCAGUCUGGGUAAUAGCAAUAGGGAGAACUGGGUUUGGUGGGUUUCUGAUGCCUCUCCAAAGUGGGGUACCUUGGUAGACAGCUUUGAAAGGUACUGAGUCUGGCUCAGCAUUCUCAGUGGAUACUGAAUUCAGGGUUUAAGUUACUGGUUUAUGUUUGCAUGCCUAGUAAGUAGUAGGACUUGGUGUGUAUAGUUUGUUCUUUUGAUGGUUGUUUAGUGCUCUUUCUAGUAGAUCACAUUGCUUGAGAGGAGAUGGAUCAAGUGGUUAAAAACACAGAACGAUGCCUGGAAAACGAAAUGGGAAGUUGAAGACCACAUUAUGGUGGAUGCCUGAAUUUUGAUCUAUGUUCUACCUACAUCCAGCUGGCUGAAAGUACUUGAUGAUCACAUGACCCUGGACAUGGAUGCUGUUCUGUCGGAUUUUGUCCGUUCCACAGGAGCAGAGCCAGGGCUAGCGCGAGAUCUCCUAGAAGGAAAGAAUUGGGACGUAAGUGCCGCCCUCAGUGAUUUUGAACAGCUACGUCAAGUCCAUGCUGGGAACCUACCCCCAUCCUUUAGUGAGGGGAUUGGUGGCUCCAGGACCCCUGAAAAAGGAUUUUCUGACAGAGAGCCUUCUCGCCCUCCCCGACCCAUCCUCCAACGGCAGGAUGACAUCGUUCAAGAAAAACGCCUGUCUAGGGGCAUCUCCCACGCCAGCUCCAGCAUUGUUUCCCUGGCCCGGUCCCAUGUCUCCUCCAAUGGUGGGGGUGGGGGGAGCAAUGAGCACCCCCUGGAAAUGCCCAUCUGUGCCUUCCAGCUUCCAGAUCUCACUGUGUAUAAUGAAGACUUCCGCAGCUUCAUAGAGAGAGACCUCAUUGAGCAGUCCAUGCUGGUUGCCUUGGAACAGGCAGGGCGUUUGAACUGGUGGGUGAGUGUGGAUCCCACCUGUCAGAGGCUGCUUCCUUUGGCAACUACUGGAGAUGGGAACUGUCUCCUGCAUGCAGCCUCCCUUGGGAUGUGGGGUUUCCAUGAUCGGGACUUGAUGCUGCGGAAAGCUUUGUAUGCACUGAUGGAGAAGGGAGUCGAGAAGGAAGCAUUGAAAAGGCGCUGGAGGUGGCAGCAGACACAGCAGAAUAAAGAGUCAGGGCUGGUAUACACAGAGGAUGAAUGGCAGAAGGAGUGGAAUGAACUGAUCAAGCUUGCCUCAAGUGAACCCCGAAUGCAUCUAGGUACCAAUGGAGCCAACUGUGGUGGGGUGGAGAGUUCUGAGGAGCCUGUAUAUGAGAGCCUUGAAGAGUUUCACGUCUUUGUCCUUGCUCAUGUGCUUAGGAGGCCCAUAGUCGUCGUGGCAGACACCAUGCUGAGGGACUCUGGAGGGGAAGCAUUUGCCCCUAUUCCCUUUGGAGGAAUCUAUCUGCCUUUGGAGGUCCCAGCCAGCCAAUGUCACCGCUCUCCUCUGGUGCUCGCAUAUGAUCAGGCCCACUUUUCUGCACUCGUGUCCAUGGAGCAGAAGGAGAAUACCAAGGAACAAGCUGUGAUCCCACUUACAGAUUCAGAGUAUAAGCUGCUGCCCUUGCACUUUGCUGUGGACCCUGGAAAAGGAUGGGAGUGGGGCAAAGAUGAUAAUGACAAUGUCCGAUUGGCCAGUGUAAUUCUGUCCCUAGAGGUCAAAUUGCAUCUGCUGCAUAGCUACAUGAAUGUGAAGUGGAUCCCACUGUCCUCUGAUGCACAGGCUCCUCUGGCCCAGCCUGAGUCCCCCACUGCCUCAGCUGGAGAUGAGCCCCGGUCCACUCCUGAGUCUGGAGACUCAGACAAGGAGUCAGUUGGCAGCAGUUCCACCAGCAACGAGGGCGGCCGGCGGAAGGAGAAGUCAAAGCGAGAUCGGGAGAAGGAAAAGAAGAGAGCAGAUUCUGUAGCUAACAAACUGGGCAGCUUUGGCAAAACCUUGGGCAGCAAGCUCAAGAAGAACAUGGGGGGCCUGAUGCACAGCAAGGGGUCGAAGCCUGGAGGGGUGGGGACAGGGUCGGGGGGAAGCAGCGGCACUGAGACACUGGAGAAGAAGAAGAAAAAUGCACUGAAGAGCUGGAAGGGUGGCAAGGAGGAGGCAGCUGGGGAUGGGCCUGUGUCUGAGAAGCCCCCAGCUGAGUCUAUUGGUAACGGAGGGAGCAAGUAUAGCCAGGAGGUGAUGCAGAGCCUGAGCAUUCUGAGGACUGCCAUGCAAGGGGAGGGGAAGUUUAUUUUUGUUGGAACCCUGAAGAUGGGUCACCGUCACCAGUAUCAGGAGGAGAUGAUCCAGCGCUACCUUUCUGAUGCUGAGGAGAGAUUCCUGGCAGAACAGAAGCAGAAGGAGGCAGAGAGGAAGAUCAUGAAUGGAGGAAUAGGGGGUGGCCCUCCUCCAGCCAAAAAGCCAGAGCCAGAUGCUAGGGAAGAGCAGCCGACCGGUCCCCCAGCAGAGUCCAAGGCAAUGGCAUUUUCUACUGGCUACCCUGGGGGCUUUACUAUCCCUCGGCCUUCUGGGGGUGGAGUCCACUGCCAGGAACCCCGGAGGCAAUUGGCAGGAGGUCCAUGUGUCGGGGGCCUACCACCAUAUGCCACCUUCCCCAGACAGUGCCCUCCUGGGCGACCCUACCCCCAUCAGGACAGCAUCCCUUCUCUGGAGCCAGGCAGCCACUCUAAGGAUGGAGUUCACAGGGGUACAUUGUUACCACCCCCCUACCGAGUGGCCAAUUCCUAUAGCAAUGGCUACAGAGAGCCCCCUGAGCCAGAUGGAUGGGCUGGAGGUCUCCGGGGGCUUCCCCCAACCCAGACCAAAUGCAAACAACCGAACUGCAGCUUCUAUGGACACCCUGAGACAAACAACUUCUGUUCCUGUUGUUACAGGGAAGAACUGAGGAGGAGGGAGCGGGAACCGGAUGGGGAGCUCCUGGUGCACAGGUUCUGAACGGGUGGAACAUUGAAGGGCAAGGAGGCUAAACAAAGUUAAGCUCAACUAAUUGGCUCAUCAAGAACGCAGUCCCCAUGUUGAUGGGGCAAAUGCAGUAAUGUUUGUGGGAGCCUGUCUGGAAACUUUUAAGUGUGUGCACACAGGCGUGCUGCCAGGCUGGCAAGAGCAGGUCGGGGCUGGAUGGCGCCCCAGGGGCUGUACUAUUCCCCUGCAGAACUUGACUUGAUGAGACUGAGGUACAAGGGGGAAAGAUGGCGAUUCUGUCUUACAACCUCCUGGGUCCCAUCCAAGGACCUAAGAGAAAGUAGCAGGGGAAGGUUUGGUGUGUGGGGGUGGGAGGUGGGCAGAAGUCUUGGGGAGGAAUGGGCAAAGGAGGUUCUCAGUCAAUAAAAGAAAACCAAAGUUCUUUAGGUUGGGAAAAAGCACAUGGUGGUGGAGUGAGAGGUGUGGAGGGGAAGUGGGAAAUUGGACAUAUUUGCUAUUGAUUUGAAUUAAGAUAGAAAUUAAGGUUGGAUAAAUUCUCCUUGAAGGAUCUGGAAAGACAAGGCAGUAAUGUGUCCUCAUGGGUGCCUGUUAGGAGGUGGGGGUAGUUUAAAUCCGUUUGUUUAGAUGGGAAAGGGAGGAACUUAAAGGGAAAUCGUUUUCCUCUUAAGCUUUAUUUCCUUCCAAGCAGUCAUCUGUCACCUGUUACAGUUUGAGAAGAGUUGAGAAGAGAUUGCUGAUUACCCCCUAUCUUUUCCUCAUCUAAGUCUUUAAUUGUAUUUGUUUAAGUUCCCAGUGGGAAAGGGAAGAGCGUGGUGAGAAUAGCAGUCGUGCGUGUUGCAUUUUCUCCAGGUGAAUUGGGACAGAACUGAUCUAUUUUUUAACCACGGCAAUAACCAUACAUUGGGGUUUGAGCGCACCUUGGGAGGGGUGGGAGGACAGACAUUUUAGCCAGACUAUUUCAAACAAAACCAAAAACCUAAGUAGAGCACUACAAUCCUUUAUGGCUGCUGCAUUUCUGUAGAAAGCAACUUAUUUUAUUGACUUUUUUUUAAGGAAGAGACCCCAGCAAGCAAAAACAUUUAAGAAAUGAUUUUUUUCCUCCUACUUAAGUGGUUCUUUCUCCCUUUGCUCUACUUUUGGAGAAUGAACUUAACAUCCCGGCUUCUUUUGUUAAGCCAUAGCUGACCUUAAUCUGUGGUUAGUUUAUUAAAAUAAUUAAAAAUACUUUAUAAGAAGAGAUAUUUUUGAUAUUAGGACUGAUGUUGAAAUAUAUAGGGGCAAUUUAUAAAAAGGUAGUUAGAGAAAUAUAUUUUAGUGAACUAUAACCACAGAGCACAGAUGACUCCCAAUGAGCUGAUCUGUCUUUAGAUUUCUCCCUUUCCCUGACCCAUCCCUGUUCUCUAGGGGCUGGGAGUGGGGAUGUGGACACAGGAGGGGGAGCUCCUUCACAUUUUGCACAAAGCACAAGUCUAAACAGCCUAUGCUCUGGCCAGAGCCAUUUCUAAGAGCUUUAAACCAGAAGACCUAUCCUGGGCCAAUUUUCCUUUUUCUUUAUAUUAUUUUCCGGGAAAAAAAAGUCAACUAUGCAAUUGUAUACACUCCCGGGUGGAUGUGAAGAAGGAGAAUAAGUGUACUUAUGUGUCCAGAGUAUUAACUGGGGCUGUUUUUCUGUGUUUGGGUUUCUCUUUUGAGGUAUGUACUCAUAACCUAUCCCGUGGGACGUAAUCCCCACAUUUGAUCUAAAGCAGUUGUGCAUACAUGCAUGCGCAUGUGUGCGUACAUAUAUGUGUGUGUGUUUUCCUCCUCGGUAGCCAGUCAAGAUUGUCCUCAUUGGAAAUGCUCACGGUUUAGAAAGGUUAUUUUCUCCUCAACAAACUCAGAAAUCACCUAUUUUCCAAAUCUGAUUUAAUAAUUUCCUAUGGCUAUUAAUUCUUAGGGUUUUUUCUUUGAAAAUAGAUUUGUUUUAAGGAAGCAGUGAGAUUCCAAAGGAAGGGAUGUGUAUAUGUCUAAGCAGGUCUGGAACCUGGUAUGAGAUGAGCACUCCUCUAAGGUGCAAAAUUUAAGGGUUACUAUAAAACUAAUUAAUCAAGAUACUUUUAAAAAUGCAGUAUUUAAAAAAUUAGUGCAAAAAAUUUAUGUUGAGUAAAAUAGUGAAAUCUUACAGGAUCUGACAGGACUGAGAUUAGGAGGAGGGAAGUGGGACUGAAUUGAGUAAGUAUAGGGAUGAAUCAUUUUAAUUUAAAUUUUAAUACAUUGUCCAUUAUAGAUUUUUUUACAUUAAUUGUGAUUUUUAAAAAAUGCUGCAUUAAAAUAGUAUUUAUCUUGGUUACUGGGUUUUUGGGCACUCGUUAAAUUUUGUGUCCAGGGUGAGUGCUUUACUCACCUCACCCUAGCUACGUCCCUGUUUCUGUGAUUUGAACAACACUAGUGAGAACACCACGGUGUGCGCCUCCACCCCCAUCACACACCAAACAACAACAGGUGGCUCAGACACCCUGAAUUUGCACAGCUCACCUAGCUUUCCUAAUUUAGGCCUUCAUAUCAUAGGAUGCUGGCCUGGACCAAUAGGAAUGAAAACAGACCAGGGGUUUUCCCAGAGAAUAAAGCCGGAAAAGUUUGAUUCUCCACUGGACUGCUGUGUUUGGAUUUGAUCUGUUGUUAGAUUCUAGUUAAUACUUUUGUUUUUAACAACUGAGGACAAAUGAACAAAAAACCUUGUAUCAUGUUUGUUUUUAUUUAUAAGUUAGCCAAUCCCAAUUCCUUUUGCCUUAUUUUCAAAUAAAAAAAGAUGGAAAUUUUGAGGGGUGGUGUGGGGUGAAUAUGGUAAAAUGGGGCUUUAGGCCUUAUAGCUUUUUAUUAAGAAAUAAAUUAUUUUUUUUAUUUGGGAAGGUAACUAUUUAUUGAGGCAUUGAAAAACCUCUCCAUUCUAAGGAUGAGAGACCCUGAGACAAUGGAUAUUUUUUAUAGGAGAUAGUGAAGUUUGUUUUGCUUCAUUCUUUUGGGGAGGGACUUGGUGGGAUGGGGGGAGGUGAAGGAAUAAUGCCUGGGAAAUUAAUAUAGAUUCAGCUUGGUUUGUGGUAUUUGGGGAGGAUGAGGGAAUAGAAGAGGCAAGCCCAUGUCGUUACUGGGUUAGAGAGAAGGAAAGAAGGGACAUAUGGCCUGCACUGGAAAUGGGCAGAAAAAUUGCUUAGUUAAGGAGGGGUGUGUGAGUGAAGGGGGAAGGUAGACCCUUUAACCCCAAGUGAGGGAUGAUAUAUCUCUCAGGCUUACAUUUAAGUGCACUUAGUUCCUUUAAUCCAGGGCAACUGGGGUACCUACUGAAGUUUUUAAUGGAGAGGGGAGAUUUUCAGGGUUCUUGUUUUUCCCUUUUUGAUGUUAGACAGUGCUACUCCCUCCCUGCUAUGCUCUCUGCCCCAUCUCCAGUGGAGUAAGUAUUACUGUAGGUUAGGCCUCUGCAUCUUCCUUAACCUAUGCUGCAUUUAUUGAAAGUUACAAGAUUUAACCAGAAGUCUUUCCUCCAUACUGGUUUUUAUCAACAAAAUAAAAAGAUUAUAUCCAAA